AUGCAAGUCUUACUGCCCGAUCAAAAUUUAUCCACAACCUUAGCAGAUUCGGUGGGCGAUAAGUUAAAAAUCGUCGAUGAGAUACAAAGCCUGUUGGAAGCGGCCAACGUUGGCGGCACCAGCUUAGCCACUGCUGGCAAUAAAGAAAAUGUUGAAGAACCGAAAGUUGAUAACAGAACCAGAAAUGCCUCUAAACUUGAUGACAACAAUAACAACAGUGAUAAGAGCAAUUUGAAUGUUGGCGAGAAUACAGUGGAAAGUUCUCUACAUACGCCCAUUCACUCGCACACCCCCUUCCAAGGCAUCUCACAACUGACACCGAGCCUCUACUUAUGCGGCGCCGGCGUUGUCAUGCCAAUGGUACUCGAUCAGCUGGAAGUGCGUUUCAUCAUCAAUGUCGCUCCGGAGCUACCCGAUACGCCGCUCUCCAGCGUCACUAAACCACUAUACUUGCGCAUCAACGCCUACGAUCGACCCAGCACCGAUCUGUCGGUGCACUUCGACGAGGUGGCCGAUAUGAUUGAGGAGGUGCGUCAGCUCGGCGGCAAAUCGGUGGUGCACUGCGUGGCAGGUGUCAGCCGUUCAGCCACGCUCUGCUUGGCAUAUCUCAUGAAAUAUGGUGGCAUGUCACUGCGCGCCGCCUACUUGCACGUCAAGGCCAUACGCCCACAGAUACGUCCGAAUACAGGUUUCUUCCAGCAAUUGCGUUGCUACGAAGAACAGCUGCGUGGCUCCUGCUCAGUGCAGAUGAUCUACUACGAAUCGUUGAACCGAGAGAUACCGGACGUUUACGAGCCGGAGUAUCGUGCAAUGGAAGAGUUCUACCAACGGCAGCGUAAAGCUUUGAAGCGGCAUUGAAGCGCGUUGCUUCGUGGGAAAUUAUGUUUGUGGGUGUUUCACAUAGUAAACUUUAUUCCAAAGGGUAGUUUUAACUGUAUGUUUGAGCGGGUUGUGCAAGGAUCUGUUUGUAGUAUGUAUGCUUGAGAGGGAAGUGCUUGUAAUAAUGUAAUUUGGUCGAUUUUAUGAAAAAGUAUUGAUGUGCCUUAGGCUCGACUUAGGUCUGUAUUCGAAAUUUUUUAGUUGUGAAAUCAUUUGUAGUUCCUAGUGUUAUGUAUUUAUAUGGCAACUUUUUCCCAGCCUAGUGCCUAGUAGUGGUAUAUUUUUGCUGAAUUGUAAAGUUUUAGUAUUUGUAGAUAUAUUCUAUUUAUAAAAAGUUACAAAUAUCUGUAAUAAAUUUGAAAAUUAUGUGUAAAAUAAAAUUAAAAAAAUUA